AUGGGUAACAAAGAAAGGGGGUUGGUUCGCAAGGGCGAUUACCAAGACUCUGAAGAUGAAGACGACGACAGUGAUAGCAGUGAGGAUGAGGAGUUUGAACAGUAUCUUGCAGACUUGGCUGUUCAUGAUCGGGAAGAAGCACUCGUACAGUCAGCCAUGUACCGCAUCGAGCGUGCGAAGGCCAAGGGAAGGACAGACGUUGAUCUCAACGAUGAAGAAAUCGCUGCACUGGAGCGACGACGCAAGCGAGACGAGGCCGCGAAAAAGAAGAAGAGCGGCACCAAGAAGCGCAAGGACUCAUCACGAGUCGCAGUACCUCUGACCCAGCUCGAUCCCUCGUCUCGUAAGAAGAAGACACCUUCAGUCUCUUCCCAAUCUCGAGCUCGACAAUCUUCUUCUACUAGCAACCUCACCGAGGAUCAAGAUCGAUCGUCUCGCACCGCCACGGGAUACUUCCCACCCUCAACGACAGCAGGUCGACCACGCCCUGGCACGACCUUGGCCCAGCGACCUCAAAGUCGGGUGAGAGCGCCGUCUACCAGCCGUCAACCCUCUGACAGUUCAGUUGUCGUCCGACGGGGUAGGAACUCAAGCCAAGCUCCCCUCGAUCCUUUCCAGUUCCAGAUGCAGGGUUCCCAAGCACCCAGCCCAGCUGGAUCAUGGAGACCAUUCCCAGGAGCUCAGCGCGGUGUUGGAUCCAGAAAGGGGUCCAAGAUGAGCGCUGAUAAUGGGUCAAGCGAGGAGAGCGGUGAUAGCGACGAGAACUCUGAGGAGGACAGGGAAGACUCGGUAGAGACAACGUCCAGUGAUGAUGUCGGCAGUGGAGCUCAGAUCGUUGUCGAAGAGUCGUCUCCUGAGCCUUCUAAGCCUGAGACAACAAGGAGAAACCCACCUCGGACUUCUACCUCAUCGUCCACUUCCUCCAAGCGGAAGCCGGCUCCCACUUCCAGUGGACGACGCAAAAAGUAA